UAUUCACUAAAAUACUUCCUGUUGUUCAGGUUGAAUCAGUGAAUGUAAAUGUUGCUCCAUGUCUCCAUCUAGUGGACUGAUAGUAGAAGUGCAGCAGCUGAUGGCAGCUUCCUCUGCCUCUCUGCUGUCUGACUGCAUUCACCUGACACUGAUAUGAAGCAGAGAAGAAGAGCCAAUCAGAGGAGGAGCAGCUGAUCUUUUUCCAGCUCUAAUGAUGUAAAGGAUGAUCAGAGUUGAUGUGCAGAUGAAUGAUGUGUGUUUCCUCUGCAGGUGAAGGUAGAAAGUGUGUGUGAGCUGAUGUGAAUUCAGCAGCAUGGAUCAGUGUGAGGACAGAGAGGAGGGAGUCCCUCCCUCUAAAACCACUCUGUGUGGGGAAGAUGAGAGCCAGAGCAAAGGUCAGAGGAUCCAUCAGAGACUCAAACCAGAACCAGAACCAGAACCAGAACCAGAACCCAGCUGUGUGUCCUUUAAGAGUGACAGGUCAAAGGGUUUUCUCAUUGACUUUAAAUCUCCUGGAUCUCCACCAUCAGAGAGAGUGGACCAGCAGAGCUCAGAGGAUCCCAGUGGUCAGUCUGUCCAGCAGGAUCAAACACAGCUGGACUCCAUAUUUAUGCUGUUGGAGGACAACAUUGUCACUUUUGUGAAGAAAGAACUGAAGAAGAUCCAGAAGGUUCUGAAUCCAGAUAACCCAGAAUACUCAGAGAGUCAGACAGAUGAUGAUGAGGUGCUGCCAGGUGAAAAUGAAGAACAGAGGAGGAGCAGCAGAGAGGCAGUAAUGAAGAUCACACUGAACUUCCUGAGGAGAAUGAAGCAGGAGGAGCUGGCUGACCGUCUGCAGAGAAAACAUUUUGCUGCAUUUUGUCAACAUCAACUUAAAUCUGGCCUGGAGAAGAAGUUCCAUUCUGUGUUUGAGGGGAUUGCUAAAGCAGGAAGUCCAACACUUCUGAACCAGAUCUACACAGAGCUCUACAUCACAGAGAGAGGGACUGGAGAGGUCAAUGAUGAACAUGAGGUCAGACAGAUUGAAACAGCAUCCAGGAAAACAAACAGACCAGAAACAACAAUCAGACAAGAAGACAUCUUUAAAGUCCCACCUGGAAAAGAUCAACCAAUCAAAACAGUGAUGACAAAGGGAGUGGCUGGUAUUGGAAAAACAGUCUUAACACAGAAGUUCACUCUGGACUGGGCUGAAGACAAAGCCCACAAGAACAUCCAGUUCAUAUUUCCAUUCACUUUCAGAGAGUUGAAUGUGCUGAAAGAGAAAAAGUUCAGCUUGGUGGAAUUUGUUCAUCACUUCUUUCCUGAAACCAAAGAAAUCUGCAGCUUUGAACACUUCCAGGUUCUGUUCAUCUUUGAUGGCUUGGAUGAGAGUCGACUUCCUCUGGACUUCCACAACAAGGAGAUCCUGACUGAUGCUACAGAGUCCACCUCAGUGGAUGUUCUGCUGACAAACCUCAUCAGGGGGAAACUGCUUCCCUCUGCUCUCCUCUGGAUAACCACACGACCUGCAGCAGCCAGUCAGAUCCCUCCUCAUUGUGUUGGCAUGGUAACAGAGGUCAGAGGGUUCAGUGACCCACAGAAAGAGGAGUACUUCAGGAAGAGAUUCAGAGAUGAGGAGAAGGCCAGCAGGAUCAUCUCCUACAUGAAGACAUCACGAAGCCUCCACAUCAUGUGCCACAUUCCAGUCUUCUGCUGGAUCACUGCUACAGUUCUGGAGGAUGUGUUGGAGACCAGAGAGGGAGGAGAGCUGCCCAGAACCCUGACUGAGAUGUACAUCUACUUCCUGGUGGUUCAGACCAAAGUGAAGAAAGUCAAGUAUGAUGGAGGAGCUGAAACAGAUCCACACUGGAGUCCAGAGAGCAGGAAGACAAUUGAGUCUCUGGGAAAACUGGCUUUUGAUCAGCUGCAGAAAGGAAACCUGAUCUUCUAUGAAUCAGACCUGACAGAGUGUGGCAUCGAUAUCAGAGCAGCCUCAGUGUACUCAGGAGUGUUCACACAGAUCUUUAAAGAGGAGAGAAGUCUGUACCAGGACAAGGUGUUCUGCUUUGUCCAUCUGAGUGUUCAGGAGUUUCUGGCUGCUCUUCAUGUUCAUCUGACCUUCAUCAACUCUGGAAUCAACCUGAUGGAAGAAACACAAACAUCUAGGAAUACUGCAUUAUUUAAUAAACCUAAAAUAAUUUCUCUCCAUCAGAGAGCUGUCAAUCAGGCCUUACAGAGUCCAAAUGGACACCUGGACUUGUUCCUCCGCUUCCUCCUGGGACUUUCACUGCAGACCAAUCAGAGACUCCUACAAGGUCUGCUGACACAGACAGGAAGUAGCUCACAGACCAAUCAGGAAACAGUUCAAUACAUCAAGAAGAAGAUCAGUGAGAAUGUGUCUGCAGAGAAAAGCAUCAAUCUGUUCCACUGUCUGAAUGAACUGAAUGAUCGUUCUCUAGUGGAGGAGAUCCAACAGUCUCUGAGUUCAGGAAGUCUCUCCACAGAUAAACUGUCUCCUGCUCAGUGGUCAGCUCUGGGUUUCAUCUUAGUGUCAUCAGGAAAAGAUCUGGAUGUGUUUGACCUGAAGAAAUACUCUGCUUCAGAGGAGGUUCUUCUGAGGCUGCUGCCAGUGGUUAAAGCCUCCAACAAAGCUCUACUGAGUGACUGUAACCUCUCAGAGAGAAGCUGUGAAGCUCUGUCCUCAGUUCUCAGCUCCCAGUCCUCCAGUCUCAGAGAACUGGACCUGAGUAACAACAACCUGCAGGAUUCAGGAGUGAAGCUUCUCUCUGCUGGACUGAAGAGUCCAAACUGCAACCUGGAAACUCUCAGACUGAGUGGCUGUAACCUCUCAGAGAGAAGCUGUGAAGCUCUGUCCUCAGUUCUCAGCUCCCAGUCCUCCAGUCUCAGAGAACUGGACCUGAGUAACAACAACCUGCAGGAUUCAGGAGUGAAGCUUCUCUCUGCUGGACUGAAGAGUCCAAACUGCAACCUGGAAACUCUCAGCUUAUCAGGCUGUUUGGUCUCAGAGGAAGGCUGUGCUUCUCUGGCCUCAGCUCUGACCUCCAACCCCUCCCAUCUGAAAGAGUUGGACCUGAGCUACAAUCAUCCAGGAGACUCAGGAGUGAAGCUGCUGUGGGCUGGACUGAAGGAUCCACACUGGAGACUGGAAGCUCUCAGGGUGGAGCCUGCUGGAGUCCGAUUCCUGACACCAGGUCUGAGGAAGUAUUCCUGUCAACUCACCAUCGACACAAACACAGUGAACAGAAACUUCAAACUGUCUGAAGACAACAGGAAGGUGACACUUGUGAAGGAGUUUCAGUCAUAUCCUGAUCAUCCAGACAGAUUUGAUAAAUGGUAUCAGCUGCUGUGUAGAACUGGUCUGACUGGUCGCUGUUACUGGGAGGUCGAGUGGAGAGGAGAAGUUUAUAUAUCAGUGAGUUACAGAAGAAUCAGGAGGAAAGGAAACAGUAGAGACUGUUUGUUUGGAUGGAAUGAUCAUUCCUGGAGUCUGAGAUGCUCUGAUGAUGUUGGUUACUCUGUCUGGCACAAUAACAUAGAAACUCGUCUCUCCUCCUCCUCUGUCUCUAACAGAGUAUCAGUGUAUGUGGACUGUCCUGCUGGCAUUCUGUCCUUCUACAGAGUUUCCUCUGACUCACUGAUCCUCCUCCACACCUUCAACACCAAAUUCACUGAACCUCUGAUUCCUGGAUUUGGGGUCUGGUGGUCCAGUUCUGGUUCCUCAGUGUUUCUGUGCUGAUUUGAGUCUAAAGAGUCUAAAUAUUUUCUUCCUGUCAGAGAAACUCUCUCACUGUUGAACAGAUAGUUCAGUCUCUAAAUGUGUUUUCAUGAAUCCAAACUGUUUCUUGGUGAAACUCUGACACAUGAUUCCUUAGAAAUUGCUUCUCCCAGUCCUUAAAGAUGGAAGCUGGGAUUAUUCCAGGAUUAUUCCAGGAUCCAUAUGUUGUUUUCUGUUUCCAGUCAAAUAUUCUGUUAAUUUACUGCAGUUUUUCUCACUCACUGGACAUUUUCUGUUACUUUCAGACUGAAAUAAAGGACUAAAAUGUUUCAGUUCUAGUUUUAGAAAAUGCUUCCUGUUUAUCAAAGUUUAAUAAAUGAAUCAAAAGCAUUUUGAUUCAGAAAAUUUAUUUUGAGUAAAAAUCACAGGUUGGAUCUGAAGUUGCUUUUUUCUUUUGUAAGAUUAUAAAUUGUCUGAUCAUUUUGCUUUAUCUGCAUCAACUGUGUGAAGGGAGACAUUACAAAUAUAAAGCAUUUUGUUAUCAUCUAACAAUCAUUAUUCCCUUCAGCUUUUAUUGCAAAACUGCAGAAAUAUUAUCUGAGAAACAUCAAAUCAUCCGGGACUUUUUGGCACA